AUGGAAUCAAAUAAUACAGAGAAAAAUACAGAGUCGGGGCAGACUGCUUCCCCGGCGGUGCCCGCUGCUGGUGCCGUACCAAAGAAGUUCCCUAAGGGUGUUGUUCUGGACAAGGAUGGGAAACCGUGUCGAUCGUGUACAUCAUUUGCGACCUGGGCUGCGGCUACGAAAGAAUCGACAAAGAAGCCCAAGGCCUUACCGAAAAACUGUCCUCCCGACGUAGAGGCCCUCGGCCGCAGCUCGUGGACACUACUGCAUUCAAUCGCCGCGACAUACCCUGAAACACCCUCUCGAACACAGCAAUCUGAUUUACUCAGUUUUGUCGAUCUCUUCUCGAAGCUAUAUCCGUGCUGGGUAUGCGCAGAUGACUUCCAGUCCUACAUCAAGCGCGAGGCCCCUUCGGUGUCCAGUCGGGAUGAUUUUGGCAAAUGGCUCUGUGGUGCCCAUAAUGACGUUAAUGUGAAGCUUGGAAAACCUAUAUUUGAUUGUUCCAAGUGGCAGGAGAGAUGGCGUACUGGUUGGAGGGAUGGCAGCUGCGAUUAA